ACCAAUCAGAAAUUUUACAAAAAUUUCAAGGAAAUACAAUGAAUGGGACAAUGACCAAAGAGAACAGCUUUGUCAAGAACAGAGCGAAGCUGUUUUCAUGCAAAAGCGAAGAGGAGCCCCAGAAUGAAGUGAAAAUUAAUAAGAAGACACCAUCGUACGUCAGCCUAUCGUGUGCCGUAUCUGGUUACAGCGGUCUUAAUCGCUAUGAUUCAAGAAUUCGUUCUAGAGACAAUAGUCGGGACGGUAACAGGUUGCCACUCUGCUUGACAAAAAGUCGCGAUUCGAGCCCCACUCGAUCUAGUAGACAUGAUUUCAAGACGAGGAAAUCUUCGGGAGGCCUUCUCUUGUCGGACAUUACUGCAAACGCUGCCAGCCCAAUUGAAUAUCAGCAACAGCAACAACAGAACCAACAAUGGAACGGCAGGUCUAAAAGCGUUGACAGAGGCUACUUGCGGCAAAAUUUCCUCAAUGGAUACCUCCAAUACAAACCACCAACAGUUCCAUCACCGAGUACUACUACCGUAGCAGCUAACAACGAAGAAAGAGGUAGAGUACGAAUCAGGAGCUCAACUGUUCCUCAUCAAGGAACUCAACCAGAUUCCAAAUCCGUGAUACAGCAGAGAAUCGAGCGGCUGUAUGGGCCAGCAGCUCUAGCCGGUGGCUUUUUUCUCGUCAAAUCACCUUUGAAAACGUCCAAGGAACCAUUAAAAAAUAUUCCACUUCAUAAUAAUAAUAACACACAGGAGACCACAGACGGCUGCGCGACACCACCCGUUUUUCGUCACCUCAACGCCGAAUUUCGACAACAGCUUAAACUCAAGGACAAACGGUCACCGGAGUCAACGAAAACGGUGGUCGCAACAGUCGAGUUGACAACAAUAGCAAGUAAUAAUGAUAGCCAAGUUACUCGGGAAUCGGUUGAAACAAACGGGGAAGCCACUUCUAUUGACGAUGGGCAUAAGUUUCUCAAGAUUUUGGAGGUCGAAAAGAAUCGCAUCCAACUCGUGAUAGCAAAGAACGAACUGUAUCUGCUUGAAUCACACGUCCAGAGUUCUGAAGAGUUGACGGGCAAAGUCAGAGCAGCUGUGGGCAAAGCAAAAUUGCUACUGGCUCAGAAAUUUGAGCAGUUUGCUGGACUUUGUCGCAAAAACUUGACUCAAAGCCCCGAUGAGCCGUUUCCGACAACAGGCCAAGAUUUGGCAGGAUUUUGGGACAUGGUGACUAUCCAAGUGGAACACAUCAAUUCAUUAUUUGCUGAAAUAAAACAACUGAGAGACAACAAUUGGGUUAUACCAGAGCAGCCAACUGUAGCACCUGUUACCAAACCAUCGAAGUCAAAGAACAAAAGCAGCACGAAUUCUUCAGGUCCCGCUAGAUCUGCCAAGGCCCAAGAAGCCGCCAAAUUAAGAGAAGAGGCACGAAGAAAGAUGAUGGAAGAAAGACGAAAGCUUGCAAAAGCUAAAAAGAAUGAUGAUUGGGUAAUCGAUGAAAAGUCAGAGACAAUCGACUUUUCCCAUAGCCAGCCAAUGAAUGAAGAAAUGGUCGUGUGAUUUCGACACGGCUCAACUCGUGGGGUUGUAAUAUAAUUAUGGUUACUUCACCAUGAAAUCCUAACAGAACAUUCGGUACUAAAAAUGAUUUUUAAAAAGAAACACAUCGUUGUAUCAUAAUUUGUAAUAACAACCUUCCAGUAUUGUGUCCGCUAAAUGAAGACAGCGGUAUCGCUGAUUUUCAUUGAACAAAUGCUAUGCUUUUUUACGCGUGCUGGUGAUAGACUGUGUAUGGGUGAAUUCCCGAAGAGAGCGUUCUUUGAUUUAUGUUUCUUAUCACAAUAUGCAUACAAGAAUUCCGCUCUGUAUUGAAAAAUGUUGUAAGCUCUUUGAAUAUAAUUUUAUAUUUUCA